UGCAGUUACAUAACUCGCAGCUAUCCGUCUCUGUCUACCCAAUAGGAUUUCCCAUCAGCCGUUCCACUUUGUCUCAUUCGUGUCUUUGGUUAAUCUUUGGUCGCAACCUCUCCGUGCAAAUUUCCAAUUAAAAUGGCUGGACCAGGCGCCGAUGCUAAACUGAGCGGAUUAUCCAAACUUUUCAAUGGAUCUACCAUGAGAGGCAGGGCCAAUGUUGCCAUCGCCACCUACGCCUCCAUCGGUCUUCUUGUCGCUUAUUUCACCAUGAAACCAAAAUCCAAGAAGUAAAGUUUUUAGAAUAAGCAUGUAGGAGAAAUAUACAACAACAACAAAAAAAAAA